UAAGAGCAUAUGUUUCUUUGCUGCUGUUAUUGCCCAGUUUCUGCCAGACUCGUGCAGAAAUUCCCCUGCAGUUGGGCAGCGCUUGCUGGGUGACGCUCCCUACGCCUGCGGGCUGCAGAGCUGCCUCCGCCUGGUGUCUGGGGUCACGUUGCCCUCCAGUGGCUGAACUGAAAAACGGGGAUAAAAAGCCACUGCAGUACUUUUCUCUGCUUUAGAAAUGCAUCCAGAGAGGUCUACGCACCACGAAAUUGCAAUGGAAAUACUAAGAGUUUAGUCAUGCUAAUUAUUAAUAUAUGAAUGUAAAACUAAUCCUGUCCUCCCUUCCUGUUCCUUGUAGGUAUGCAAUCUGGAACAAUCUUCAUCCUCACGAGUUCAUGCUGCUCUUUCUCUGGCUUGCCAGGCUUAUAUAGUGGGCCACAGGAGGAUGUUUAAUGAGAAUCAAAUACAACAUUUUGGUUUGUCUUUAUAGAGUGUGGUCAAACCCUAUUUUCACAAAUUGCACAAAGCAACCUCUCAAUAAUACAUGUCACUGUAACGUAUCUUCUCAAAAAAUACUUUUGGGGUAUUUUUUUCCAAUAGCAUGGGAUGCAAAUUCUGAUAAACUAAUAUGUGGCAACAAAGGCACAAUAUUUUAAAAGAUACAAAAAUCUAAGAAAGCUCAGUGCCCCUCUGAGCUGCCCCUUGCAGCUGAUUUUUUUUAACAUUUAGCAAAACGAGGCAUUUUCUGUUUAGAAAGUGAAGCUCCAUUCACAAACACCUGUGAGUGCUCAACAUUUAAGCAGAUCUGACUUAUCCCAAACUGAGCACUAAGAAAAUGUGAUUCACACAGCCAGUGCUUACUGGUGAGAGACUUGGUUCAAGUGAUAUGUAAAUCAGAUUACAGGCAAUCUGCUGAACAGAACCAGAGUUUAAUUCUUAAAGUGCCAUUUAGUUACCAUAAUCAUAAGAAUUUCCUCUUUCACACUCUGUCUUCCAAUUUUUGUAACAAAUGAGACAGAAGUCUCGUGGCUCCUUCAGUACACAGCUCUAACUUUAUCCCAAUACGUAUUGAAAUAGACUGUGACAUUGCCAAACAAAAAGUACCAGGUCCUGUAGUUGAAUCUGUAUCACAGUGUAGAGAAAUACUUGGUUAAGGUUGGAAAAGAAACUUUAAUGUCAGAAAUUCCUGUAAUUUUGGAGCUGGACUUUUGCAACUUUAUUGUUCUCUUUACUUCUUACAGAAAAACAAAUAAAAUGAAAUUACAUUGAAUGGACUCCUCCUGUCUGUUACAUGAGAUUCAGCUGGGAUGAAGCCUUUGGAUGCACAGCAUAUGCUUCUGCCUUUUGAGCUAAUUAAAUAAUUGACAGCUGUGGAAGACUGUCCAUUUACAAAGGUCAUCUGCAAUCAGGCAGCAACACAAUUAACAUCAACAGCAAAAAGUGAUUAGAGAUAAAACAGGAAAUGUCAGAGUGCGUUUAAACAGUGGAGAUGUUUUCAUACCAGCUGAGCCAGGUGAAUUCCAUCCAAGGCGAAUAUACAACUGGGCAAAGCAAGUUUUACUGAUUUCCCUUGAAAAUCAUGUGUGAGAUUACAAAUAUAUCAUCUACUUUGGAAGGGGAUGAGAGAGGGCAAAGAUGUCAGGGAGUUAGAGAUUCUUUGUGUUCAGAUAGUGGAAAGCAGUACAGUAAAUAAUUAAACCUUUAGUAAGUUCUCAACAUAAUAAGUAAAAGGAAAACCAGGGAGGGGGGUAGUUAAGGACAAAUACUGUUAAAAUGUCCUCCCACCUUCUUUAUUUUCUUAUUCCUUUAGUAAGGCUUUGAUGUUGUUUUAAAUGCCAUUCUCCUGCGCAAGCUUGGAAGUGUUGUGCAUUUUGGUGUACGACAAAAUAGCUGCAAAAGCAGGUAGAGUGAUCUAUCUUAAGCUGUGCCUUAAGAAGUGGUUAUUCCCAGGACUGGCUACCUUGGGAUGUGCAGUGUCCUUUCAUGACCUGGAUGAAGACAAAAUAGUUCUUAUGAAAUCUGGAAUUUCACCAAAAUGAGGGGGAUGUAAAGCACCAUGGCUGAGAAGAUUAGAGCUAAAAAAAAUAUCACUGCAAUUUCAUAAAUGGAUUGAAAGAGGAAAGAAACCAGGAUUCAACUUGUUAGACAUAUGUGUCGUUCAGUUCAUUUGGAAUAAAAAACAGCAGGUGGAAGAACUACUGGAUGGGCAGCAAUUCUGCAGGACAGUACAUGCAGGCUACAGAAGAGUGUGAUUCUCAAGUGUGACUCCAUGAUAGUGUGAAAAAGGUGGCAAUAGUGCUGUGCCUGGAUGUAGGCCUUACAAUGAGCAGCUCUUCUCCUGGUGAAGAGUCUUCACUUGAGCAAGCCAAGAAGAUUAUGACAAAGUUUGUGCAGAGACAGGUUUUUGCUGAGAGUAAAGAUGAAGUUGCUGUAGUUUUGUUUGGCACUAAUGGCACUAGAAAUGACCUUUCCAGUAAGGAUCAAUACCAAAAUAUUACUGUACAUAGGUCACUAAUGCUGCCAGAUUUUGAUCUGCUGGAAGACAUUCAAGAUGUGAUUAAAGCAGGCUCUAAACAAGCAGACUUUUUGGAUGCUAUUAUUGUGUGUAUGGACUUGCUUCAGAAGCAAACAAUAGGAAAGAAAUAUGAGAAGAGACACAUUGAACUGUUUACGGAUCUUAGUAGUCCUGUUAGUGAGGAUCAGCUGGGAAUUAUCAUUGCUAACUUGAAGAAAACAGGAAUUUCACUUCAGUUUUUUCUGCCAUUUCCAGUGAGUGUUGAUGGUGGAAGUGGAGAUACAAGUGCCAGCGUACGUGCUCAUAUACACGGAAACUCUUUUCCAAUAAAGGGUUUAACUGAACAACAAAAGCAGGGUAUUGAUGUGGUGAGGAAACUCAUGUAUACUUUGGAUGAAGAAGGAGGGCUGGAAGAAAUUUAUACUUUCAGAGAGAGCCUGGAACGUCUUUCAAUGUUUAAGAAAAUGGAAAGAAGGCCUAUGCCUUGGCCCUGCCAGCUCACUAUUGGUCCCAAUUUGUCUAUAAGGAUUGUGGCCUACAAAUCAGUCACAGAAGAGAGGAUGAAAAAACUUUGGACAAUUGUGGAUGCUAAAUCCCUCAGAAAAGAGGAUGUGCAAAAGGAAACUGUUUACUGCUUGAAUGAUGAUGAUGAGACAGAGGUUCAGAAAGAUGAUACUAUUCAAGGUUUUCGGUAUGGGAGUGAUAUAGUUCCUUUUUCCAAGGAAGACGAAGAGCAAAUGAAAUACAAAACAGAAGGAAAGUGUUUUUCUGUUUUGGGAUUCACUAGAUCCUCGCAGAUCCAGAGGCAUUACUACAUGGGCAGCCAGGCUCUGAAGGUCUUUGCAGCAAAAGGCGAUGAGAAUGCAGCAGUUGCUUUUUCUGCACUUGUUCGUGCAUUGGACGAGUUGAAAGUGGUGGCUAUAGUGCGCUAUGCUUAUGAUAGAAGAUGCAACCCACAAAUUGGAGUAGCUUUUCCGUGUAUUAAGGAUGCAUAUGAGUGUCUCAUCUAUGUGCAGCUACCCUAUAUGGAAGACCUAAGACAAUAUGUGUUUUCAUCCUUGAAAAACAGUAAAAAAUGCGUUCCUACAGCGGAUCAGUUAUCUGCUGUUGACUCACUGAUUGAUUCUAUGAAUUUGGUUCAUGAAGAUGGAGAAACUUCUGAGGACCUAUUUAAGCCCAGCAAAAUUCCAAAUCCUCAUUUUCAGAGGUUGUAUCAGUGUUUGCAGCACAAGGCUUUUCACCCUGAUAAGCCACUGCCGCCAAUAGAACAGCACGUCUUAGAAAUGCUGGAGAUGCCUUGUGUGGUAAGAGAAAGGUGUCAGGCUCCUCUGGAAAGAGUAAAAGCACUUUUCCCCCUAAAGGAAAUUGGCAAGAAAAAAGAAGAGAAGACUGCACAAGACAUCUUCAAAGACAAUGAGGAUGAACCCAGCCUUAAGAAACCAAAAAUUGAAGAUGAGGAAGAGAGCUUUAGCAUUAUGAAACUUGCUGAAGGCAGUAUCACCUCUGUAGGCAGUGUUAACCCAGCAGAAGAUUUCCGAAUUCUGGUGAGGAAGAAAAAUGCUGACUUCAAAGAUGUGAGUCAGCAGUUGAUAAACCGCAUUGAUCAGUUCUUGGAAAAUAAAGGUUCACAAUACUACAUAAAAGGGAUUGCCUGUAUCAGAGUUUUUAGAGAGGAGGCCAUUAAGCUGUCCAAGGUGCAGUGCUUUAAUGACUUUCUGCAGGCCCUGAAAUCAAAGUUGGAAGAUAAAGCCUUAUCUGAUUUCUGGGAGAUCAUGGUACAAGACAGAAUUUCUUUGAUCACCAAAGAUGAAGUGGAGCAAAGUUCAGUGACUGGUGAAGAGGCUGCGAAGUUCUUGGCUCCAAAAGAACAGAAAAAUGAAAGCCUGCCUCCUACAGAUGAAGGUGGUGAUGUUGAUGAUCUGCUGGACAUGAUGUGACCAGUGAUAUAUGGUGAUUAUACAAGCAAAGUUUCAGAAGAGAUGUCUUUGUAGGGUGGGGCACAAGAAAAGAUGGUAAUGAGAAGAUACUACAUCCAUCUUUAUUUUCUCAAAUGAGAACAGAAAUCCCAGAAACGUUUCCAGGUGGUAUAAAUGUCAUCUGACUUCGAAAACUAGAGCAGAAGAUUGAAAUUGUCUAAAGUGCUUGGGAAGUAAUGAUACCUUUAAGGCAUUUUUUUUUCCCCCUCUUUUCUUUAGAACACUGAAUUUAGCUUGUCCUUUGUACUGCUUUUAGCUAAACACUACUAAAUUUAUUGAUAAUCUGCUCUGGUGCUUGAAAUUCUUGUUACAUUACCUGGGAAGGAAGACAGAAAUUUCACAGCAAGGUUACCAGGUAAUACUGAAUAUUUAGUGGAGGUAACCCUGUAGAUUUAUUGUUACAGAAAUUAAAAAGUCUCUAUUUUCAUGCUUUAAAAAAAAAGCUCAAAACAAAUAAAAAACAAGAUAGAGCAAAAAAACUUAAACCAAACAAAGCACCAUGAAAGCUGCCACAGAGUCUUGUGGGAAAAAAUUCUAAGCACAGGACUCAAGAGUUUGAAGUACCCAAGAGAAUCUAUUGGGUACAGUAGAGCCAGGUGUGCUCAUUUUGCCACACUGUCCCCAGGUCAGUAAUUACGGUCAUCUCUGUACUACAGGUUCUCUAUCCUGCCAGCUCAGCAGCAGCCCAAGGUCCCUGUUACCCAUUUUCCUGUUUCAUGUGCUGAGAUUUUUGAUUUUUUAGGCUUCUAACUGGUACGGUUACUGUAGAUGAUCCUGGUGCUAAAAGGAGGAAUGAAUCAGUUUUAUGUCCAUUUCAUACACUGCUGAGAACUGCUAACGCAGAGCAGAGGAAUCCCUCAAAGCUGUACACUGACAGCUGUGAUAGGUAAGUGAUAGGAGUUACUACUGGUAACCAGGAUGAAGUAAUGUCUACACAGAGCAAUCCAAACUAGUCAAAUACUGCUUAGAAAGAGACAUUCAAGUCUGAUUACAGAGCUGAAGAGACAGUAAUGACACCUUCACACAUGCUUGUCUGUUACAACCAGAUUAAUUCCUUUAAAAGCUGUUCUUUCAUUAUUAUAAAUGUAUAAAUAUACUGUGCAAAAUGGUACUAAGAUCACAAAAAAAGGAAAAGCCAUGAUCUAUAGUUGCAAAAUGUUGUGGAAUAUUUGCACUUUAUACUGGCCAACAGCUCCUGUGUGGAAAAUGGCAAUUGUUUUUUGCCCCUACUUCCUUACACAGCAACCUACUCUCUCCUCUCUUGCAUUCUAUCUUGACUGAGUUGAGAGCAUUUCUCAAAUGCAAAUGGCAGGGAAAAAGUGGUUUUUGCAGACCUUUAUAGCUUUUGUAUCACCAGAAGAUAUUUUCUCAACUGUAAAUAAGAAUUAUUUGAUCAGUGUUUUGAAUGUCUUUUAAGGCCAAUAUAUGGACUAUGCUGGCUGGGGGUUUCUUUUUUCUUCUAAUUUUUUUGUUCAAUAAAAGUACUUUAAAGGUUG